UUCCCCAGCAACGGCAAACAUGGCAAAUGAAAAGACAGGAAGUUACCGAACUAAACGGGUUUUCGUCAACAAUAUUGAUACGUAUUCAUCUAAAUGUAUCGCAAAGUUUCUGUCAACCUGCAAGGUUGGCGGCUCCUUGGAGGAGGCAGAUGAAGAUGGUCCCGCUGAGGAUGAGACAACACUUCAAGAUGGGACUUUUCAAAUUGUUGGAACUAUCUCAAACAACGAAGGGGAAAAACCCAGUUUUGCAUUACAAUGUUAUGCAUCACAGAAGCGAGAUCAGCUGCUGCCAAGCCUAUUGGAAUGUGCUGUGGUGGUUUACAACAUCUCAGAACAUGCAACAGCAGAGCUGAUAGAUGAGGCAACUUGGGCUAUUUCAGCUCUUCACUCAGAUAUUGAGAGUUUUACGUCUCAGAAGAUAUUCAUUUUGAUAUCAUCAGUCAUGACCUGGGCAAUGAGCAAGCCAGCCGAUCCUAAUGACCCAGAGAUUCCUCUGACAGAGGACGACUACAGGAGGAAAAGACAUCAUCCUAACUUCAAGGAGCACGCCAAUGCAGAGAAAAUGGUGCUCAAACUGGGCAAAACUAAAAAGUCCAAGCUGUCCAGUUAUGUUGUGGCGGCAGGUGUUCAGUAUGGAAUGGGAGAAAACCUCCUCCACUACUUCUUCAAGACGUCUUGGCUGGGGGAGUUUGCAAAAGUUCCUGUUUUUGGGCCUGGCACAAAUGUUAUCCCUACCAUUCAUGUCAAUGACCUUGCAGGGGUUAUUCAGAAUGUAAUCGACCACAAGCCAAAGAUACAUUAUUUCCUCGCUGUGGAUGAUUCCAAUAAUACUUUUGAGGAUAUUGUGAAGAUAAUAAGCUUUGUGCUCGGUCCAGGGAAGAUCAAGAAAGUCCCUAAGGAGGAGACCUACCUCACCAAAGUUCUGACGAACGCUGAUGUGGAUUACCUGAGUGUCAACCUGCGGAUAGAGCCAGUCUUUCUGAAGGAAACCUUCAACCUUCACUGGGUGUCGGAGGCUGGCAUCAUUGAUAACAUCAACCGGGUGGUGGAGGAAUACAAACUGUUGAGACUACUACUGCCCAUCAGAAUCUGUCUCCUGGGUCCUCCAGCAGUAGGAAAGAGCAGCGUGGCAGAGAAACUGUGUCAACAUUACAAACUGCACCACAUCAACCUCAAAGAGGUCAUUGAUGAGAAGAUGCAACAUCUGGAGGAGGCUGUGAAUGGGACUGAGCAGGAGGGAGAGAGUGAGGAGGCGCUCAGUAACGCUCAGGACCAACUGGACUCUCUGAAGGACAGCAUGGAGCAAAAUGGAGGUCGCCUGAGCGACGGCCUUGUCUACCGUAUCAUGCGUGAUAAGCUGAACUCAACGCCUUGCAGGAACCAUGGCUUCGUCCUGGACGGCUUCCCCAAGUCCUACGAUCAGGCCAAGGAGAUCUUCUAUGAUGAACAGGAUGAUCCCAGGUCCAAAAUGCCUGCCUUCAACAAGAAGAUCAUUCCUGAGUUCAUUUUCUCCCUGGAGGCAUCGGAUGACUUUUUAAAGGAGCGGGUGCAGAACCUGCCUGAGAGUGUGGCAGAGAAAAUGCACUACUCUAAAGACGAGUACCUUACCCGGCUGAAGAAGUUUAGAAAGGCCAACGUGGAAGAUGCAACGGUUCUGAACUACUUUGACGAGCUGGAGAUUCACCCAGAACACAUUGAGGUGAACAAUGCCGUCGAUCCUGAAUACGGUGCUGUGAUGGACAAAAUCACCAGGCUGGUGGGGCGUCCCAGGAACUACGGACCCACCCCUGAGGAGAGAGAGGAGAUGGAGAGGAAGUCCGUAGAGGAGACAGCACAGCGCCUGGUACUGGAGACAGCAGAGUGGAAUAGGAGGGAGGCUGAGACCGCUGCCAAGAUGGCCACACAGCUCGAGGAGUGGAACCGUCACGUGACUGAGGUGAAGAGGCAGGAGCACGAGCUGCUGGAGGCUCGCUCCGCCCCCUUGAGGAACUACCUGAUGAAUUACGUAAUGCCUUCUCUCACUGAGGGCAUGAUGGAGUGCUGCAAGGCCAAGCCAGACGACCCGGUAGACUUCCUGGCUGAAUAUCUCCUCCGGAAUAAUUCACAAGAUUAGUGUGAUGUGGAUAAGACAUUCCAAACGUCUAUGAGACCUUGUCGACUGGUAUUAUAAAUGCUUUGUCAUGACAGUGUUCUGUGUUGAUCAAGUCUACCUUGUUUAUUUUUCCCCACAAUAAAUACAAAAACAUA